CCGCCCUGUAGCGAGGGGGGGGGGGGGGUGGGUCUCCCUUAGCCGCCGCCUGAGGAAUGUCAACUAUUCAACAUGGAGACGGCGGUUAACAAGCUGGAGACCAUGUUCCAGAAGGCAGAAUCUGACCUGGAUUAUAUUCAACACAAGCUGGAGUUUGAAAUAAUGAAAAACCUUCCUGAGGAUCCAGCAGCAGAGGAAAAUCCAGUGACUCUCUUAGAGGAACUCUCAGUGGUAAAGUCACAUUACAAAAUGUUGUGUGUGCAGCUGGACAAAAUUUCCAAAGAGCAAAGAGAGUCCAUGAAUUGUAUCCGUGCUGCUCUAGAAAACACUAUGAAGAUGGUGCAGGCACUACAACAACACACACAUCUCGAGCUUUUACCUUUGUCCGAAGAAGAACAGAGCGCAGCACAACAGUUAACAUGCCAAAUUGUUAAAGAAACAGAUCCACCAGUGGAAGAGCCUAUUUGUUCAGUGUCAACAGUUCCUAACCCCAGUGAAGAAUCACAGUUCAAACCACUGACUGAAGAAAUGCUUAUGGGUAUACCAAGGAGUAUUAGAAGUACUGUUAAAUUAGCAGACCUGAAUAGCUUUUACAGGGAACUAUAUAACCACUUUGUUGUACAUAAGAACAGAGCAGCGUUGAGUGUUGCACAGAUGAACAAGAUGAAUAUGAAAGCCACUGAUUCAAGGGUAAAAAUACUGAAAGAACUUUCAGUUGUGGAGAUUGACAAACAAGGAAAUGCCAAGUUAAUUGUUUAAGCCUCAAUCAUUUUGUUCUCGUAUUUAAUGCACAAGGACUUUGUGUCAAUGUUUGGAGUAUACAGGGGCAAAUAUUUCUCUGGUGUUGGUAAAAGUGAUAAAUUAAAUUUAUAAGGUACUCAGUUUGAAUAGUGUGUUUUAACUGCAUCAUGUUUGCCUAUUCAAGUUGUAUUCCUAGGUGGCUUUGAAAGUAAAUGAUCAAAAACUGUUUCAUUGUACUUACAUUCCUGAAUAAGUGAUGAGAAUUUUAGUAGACCAUGCUUUAUUACAUGCCUUCUGGUUUCUUAAAACCAUCUUUCAUGUCAGUGACCUGAUUUUUUUUUUUUUUUUAAAGCUACCAUUCUAGGAGGCCUUUUUGAAAUAUUUGGUAUAAACCUUUCCCUAAUAUUUUUACUCUUCGUGUUUGUAUUUGCUUUGUAAAUAUUAAUUUUCAAAUUUUAAGUCUUUUACUUUCAUCAUUCCUUGCUCUGGACCUUUGGUCAGUCCCACAGACUUUUCCUGUGUAGGCCUCUGUUGCAGCAGGAAACAAGCUGCACCUCCUGGACACUCCCAGGGUUGCUGGGCUUGGAUCCGCUGUGGGUCCCACUGAACUCUUUUUAGGCUCUGCUGAGUCUCAGUACUUUCCGUCAUGUCUCUGGCCUCUGGCACAUUUUCUGGAGAGACUCUUCAGCAGACCACUUUUGUGGAAGUGGUGCUCCACAGUGCAACUGCAGUAUCCCCAGGGGCAGAGUCCCCUGACUUCCUAGGAGCUUUAGUACACACGUUCCCAGAGUUUCAUUCUUGCAGGCAUUCUGAGCUAGAGUUGAAGAAGCCAGGCACAGACUUUGUUAAGGAUUUCUAAAGCACUCACUUUAAUGACAAACGUGCAAAUAUAAGAGAAACACCAAAUGUUGUGUGUGUGUAUGUAUAUAUAUUUUACCUUGGUUUCCUUACCACUGCUGAGUUUUCUGGGAUUUGGGUCCAUGUCAUUUCAGAAUUCCAAGUCCUCUCUGUUGGGCUUUCUUCACGCUUUUCUCCUCCAGAUACACUGAUCCCCUCUCAGUGUCCUUCUGUUGCAGCUGACCUGGUAGUCAAAAAAUCUGUUAUUCCUCUGGUUCUCCAGAAUCCAUCUUCAGCUUCUCAGACUUUGAGAUCUCUAAACAUCACACUUGCAGUGACAUUUGGUUUCUUUUUCCUCUUCUGGAGAUUUUUCUCCAAAACUGCCCUUUCUGCCAACCACUUGGAAUAACUGGAUUGCUUCAGGUCCGGCAUUCUCUCUCAGUGCACAUUGCCCUGUCAGACCCCAGCCAUUACAUGUUAACAAACCCCAUUGUAUAUUCUGUAGCAAUAUUCUAGGUGCAUGCAAUACGUGAGAGGUCUUGUCAGCCCAUGGCUGAUUUACAGCGUGGUAAGAGUUGGAGAUAUAUACAGAGUUCAUAAAAUCAAUUUAAACAAAUCAUAAAUUGUAUCUAGAAGGCAGUUGGGGUGCCCAAACUAUUACAGCUUCCCACUGCUUUCAGUGAGGGUAGCAAAGGAUUUGCAGGAUUGGACCCUCUGAUUUAAGCCCCUAACCCCCAAUUAAAUCGGUGUGAUUCUUCCAAAUGAUUAUAAUGGGAAUUGGAUUGAGCUCAUAUUCCAAUAUUAAGAGAUGAUUAAUUCUUGGCGUCUCUUAUAUGCUGCAUCAAAGUCACAGGACUGAGGCAUAAUUCCUUGAAACAUUCUAAGUGCCUGUAUCUCAUAGUCCAUGUGACAAGUCUUACAGUUUAAAUAUCAGACUUACUUAUUUUAAUGUUAUUAAAUGGAUGGAGUAUUUCAAAUAGCACAUUAUUUGUAAUUUGCAGAUUUUUUUUUAAGCUUCUUAAGGAAUGUUUGUGAGGUUUGUAAUGAAUAACGUAUGUUCACCAGCAUAUUCUAGACAUUUCACAAGAAUGCGGUACCGUUAAAAGUAGUAAGAUACAUACAGUAAGUUGUUAAAAUCUUCAUUAGAUUUGCUGAUGAAAAGCUCUUCAAAGGCAACGGUGGAAUUUACUUUUCUUUCUCUAGAGUUUGACACGCUGCAUAACUUAUUUGUGAAUAUAGUUUAGUUACAUAUUUGGAAAAUACGGUGUGUGCCUCUUUGGGCAUGUGAACUGGUAUUGUAGAAGGUGGGAUAAUUUUGAUUUUUUUUUUCAAUUUCUUACAUUUCCUUUAUGCAACCUUUUUCUUCAAGGAAUGUGUAUUGGUAAAAUAAACCAAAUGUAAGUGAAUCGGAGUUUCCAAUAAAGUGACUGUACGCUCCA